AUGGAUUCUCCAUCAUCACCACUAGUAUUAUAUCUAGGCGACGAUGAUGAUGAUGACAAUGAUAAUAAUUAUAAUUAUCAUAGACAAAAUUCGCAUGUUGAGUCAAACAUGUCUUUAUCUAAAGUAUCAUCUUCUAGUGAUAUGAAUAAUCGACGUAAAAAACGAAAAUUAACAAACACAAAUGUUCGUAUUGAUCCAUCGGUUGCCAAUUGGUCAAAACGUCAGCGCAAUGAUCAUUGCCAACAACAGCAAUCAUCACGAAACUUUAUUGAUGCUGAUUCUGAUCCUGAACCGAUUUUACUUGAUCCAGAUGAAUAUAUUAUUGAAGAACCUGAUCCACCUCAGUUCUGUUCUUUCGAUUGGACAAUAGAACAACAGCCACAACCAAAACCAAAACCACAGACACAAAUCCAGUCAAGACCACGACCACUACCUCCAUUACUACCUUCACAUUCGAUUCAAGCAACAAGAAUCUCAACUAUGUGCAAUUCAGCACAGCGUUCGUUUGCUAAACCAGAUAGCGUUCCAAUCGCAACCUCAAUUAAUCAUUUUGUUCAGCAACCAAGAAAAACGAUUGCUACUCCUGUAACAAAACCAUCCCAAACGCUUUCAUCAUUGUCUCUACCUAAACCAACAACAUCGUUUUGUCGACCAAACGUUCAACGUGGUCGACCGGUUAAGAAUUCUCGAAUUUCUUAUACAAACUCUACGUCACCUUCACUACCGAUACAUCGGCCAACAGAAAAAACAUUAAUGUCACCACCACAAAAACCUUCACAACCAUCAUCAUCAUCAUCAUCAUCAUUAUCAUCACCACCCUCCUCUACAAAUACAAUAAUAACUAGUUCGUCAAUAAAUGAUUCUACGCCAGCUGCACGUCGACAAAUACUCAAUGGUACAGGUCUAUUUUCAGCAUUUCACGAUUCUAAAUACUAUCAAUGUAAUAUAUGUAAAUUUAAAAGUGUAACAAGUUCAACUCUACUACAACAUUUGUUUACACAUAUGUUUUUCUGUGAUCAAUGUCCAUUUUAUACAUAUUCACACGUUAAUCUUUCUCAACAUAUGUUUGAAAAACAUAUUUGUAAUUUAAAUGAAAAUGCAAACGAUUUCGAAAACCCGAAAUCGUUCGAUCUACUUUAUGUAACACGUUGUUCCGAUGGGACAUUCGCUUUAUGCAUGGAUUCAUCGUCGCGUAAAGGAUCUACUAAUGAUCCACGACUUAUUAUAUCAUCAGCUACGCCGAGUAAUCAACAACAAAAUAAGCCAGCAAAGAAAAAAAAUUCUAAACAAAAAGAAUCAUCAAAUGAAGAUGAAAAUGAUGCGGCCGUUGUAUUGGGAAAAUCUCACACAGAUCAUCGACUAUUAAAACACUCGAAAGGAAAAGGAAAACAAAAUCAAACGUAUGUUUUAAUGAAACAUCGAAGAUGCUAUUUAAUGAAAAGAAAUUCUCGCUUGCAUUCAUUAACAUUAGAAUAUAACAUAUGUCGAGAGCAUACCAUUCGACAAAUGUGUCUCACACAAAAUAUAUUGAAACAAAGAAAAUUUUUAGCAAAAUUUCAUAGCACACGAUUUAUUGAUGAUAUUACAAUUUGCUUACGAACAAUUGUUAAUCAAAUUGUUAAUAGUGAAGAAAACAGUGAUCAAUCUUCUCCAAUAUGUACAUUACCAAAUAAUAUUCUCAGUUCUAUAUUAUCAUCUGAGAAUUUAAAAACUGUAACUGAUUCAUUGAAAUUAACUAACAAACAUGAACAAUAUAGAGAACAAAACGAGUUGUACGAGAAGGAGCAUGAUUUACAUGAAAGUCGUAAACAUAUUUUUAUAAUAUCAUCCCCGGAAAGAAAUAGUAAUGAUCAAUCAAUAAUAUCUUCGUUACAUUCGUCUUUAACAAAUGGCGAUUCAAUUUUUACACAAACUAAAAUUGAUAAAUCAUCGAUUCGUUAUGAUAAUACUCUUCGAUUUUUAAAAGGAAAUUCUAAUACAGCAUCAUCACAAUCGAAUAAUUCCACUAUGAUGAAGGUUCAAAAAAAGCAGCCUACAACAACUCAAGUAGCACCUCCAAAACUAAUUCCACUUCGUCCUGUUAUUCCAAAACCUUCAAGUAUUACACCAAACCGCCCUUUAGUACCACCCAUCAUCGAUAGAAAUAACAAUUCGGUGACGUCCUUAAAACCGAAAAUAUCAACAACAAAAAAUUCGAGUGUCAUUGUUCUUGAUUGA